ACAAUGAAAGCUAUCGUCUGUGUUUUGGUGGCCCUUUUGGCCUGCGUAGCAGCCUACGAUGUAGAGCUUCUGAGCGAGGAGCAGUGGGACCAGCUGGUCGACCGCAAUCCGGCCAAGCCCGAUACUCAGGGCCUGAUCUUGAACUCAUCGGCCAAGAAGGCCAUUAAGGGCCUGAUUAACCAAAUGCCCUGCGGCUGGCCCGAGUACGGAAUUCCGCCAUUGGCCCCAUACACCAAUGCUGAUCUGCGCAUCCACUUGGCCGAAUCGGUUGUCGAUACCCUGUUGCAGUUCCUGCGCUUCCGCCUCGAUGGCCUUGAUGGCAUCGAGAUCAAGAAGCUGAAGGUUAGCUACACCUUCAGCAAGAAGGUCAAGUUUCACUUCAAGAUGAAGCAGAUCAAGGCCAGCGCCCACUUCUUGGACACGAACACCUUUAUCGAUCUGCUGAAGAAGCUGGGACUUAGUGUGCGUUACGAGAGCUCUGGACCUCUGUCCUUCAGCCUAGAAGACCUGUCCAUUCAGGGCGAGUUCAAGUACAAGAUGCCCUUCAUCUUCGGCUCCAUCAAGAUCUACAAGUUCCAGGUCGCCAUUACCCUGGGUGGCGUGUCCUCCAACAUUGGUGGAGUCAUGGGCAACGGCAGGAUCAACGAGUUCAUCAACGACAUGAUCGAUAAGGAGGUGCCAGCCUUCAUCAAUGGCAACCAGGCAGCCAUUAGCUCUACGAUUUCGGAGGUCUUUGGGCCGGUUGUUAACUCAUUCCUGUCGGGUCACAAGAUCUGGUACCUGUUCAGCCUGCUCUCCGCCACCACCGGCACCUGCAAUCCCACCCCAGCCCCCUGGUUGGCCGUGGAGCCCAGGAAGUUAGACUAGGUUAGGCAGCAGCAAAUCAACCACCAAUAAAGAAAAGAGCAAUUCAACCGAG